AUGUCUGAUACUAGUACAAGUGAUAGUGAUGUUGAAGAUGACAACGAUGAUUUAUUACCAAUAGCAUCUCAUGUGAAUAUUAUUCAUGGUCUUAAAACUGUAUCAUGUUUAACAUUAGAUUCCAAUGGUAUGCGCAUGAUCACAGGUGGUCAUGAUGAAACAAUGAAAAUGUUCGAUUUUACAUCAAUGGAUAAAAAUUUCCAACCGUUUCGAGCUAUUCAACCAUGUCCCGGUCGAUUAUUACGAGUUAUUGAAUAUAAACCCAACAAUGAUAUGAUACUUAUUAUUCCGGGAGAUUGCCAGGCAAUUGUUGUUAAUCGAGAAGCAUCUGGAAAACAUAUUAUAUAUAAAACUGUACUUGGUGAUCUGUAUGUAACUGAUAUGAAUCGUACAAAAGGUCACAAGUCAUUGUUAAAUUAUGGUUGCUGGAAUCCAUCAUCGAAUACUGACGAAUUUAUGACUUGUGCAGAUGAUUGUACUUUACGUAUGUGGUCGUUAAGAAAGCGUGAUCAACAAUUGCAUGUUAUUCGAACAAAAGAUGAAUGUGGUCGUGACGUUCGAACGACAACUUGUACAUAUAGUCAAUCAUUAUAUGAUGAUGAAAAUUCAAAUUUAAUUGCUGCUGGUUGUGACAAUGGUAGUAUACUUGUAUGGGAUCGUCGUAGAUCAUUUGUUCAUGUUACAUUUAAAUGUUUAAAUGCACAUUUACAGAAUCAAUCAGUAACAUCAUUGAAAUGGUCAUAUGAUAAUCAAAUAUUAGCAUCAAGAUCAACUGAUCAUACGCUUAAAAUAUGGGACAUAAGAAAGUUUGAUCAAUGUUUAUCAUCGUGUGAAAAUAUUUAUAAUCAUUUUUCAAUGACAAAUAUAUCAUUUUCACCAAAUGAUAAAUUUAUAAUUACCGGUGUGUCAAAAUGUACGAAUUCAAAUGAUGAUGAAACCAAUGGAAAACUAAUGAUUUUUAAUCGAAAUAAUUUAUCGAAACCAUUGAAUGAAAUUUUAUUCAAUGAUAGUGUUAUUCGAACACUAUGGCACCCGAAAUUGAAUCAAAUAUUUACAACAACAAAUAAUGGACUUGUUCGUAUUUUUUAUGAUGAACAACGAUCACCCAUGGCUGGUGUUCGUUUAUGUCUUAGUCGUAAAGAAAAAAAGUCGAAAAAUCAAAAUGAUUUUGUUGCCAACAUUGAUCCAGUCAUAGCGUCCAGUUUUACUUCCAAUUCUAUUGAUGAACAAAGAAAUAUCUUUCCAGAAAAUAGAAAGGAUGAAAAAAAAUCUUCUUCAUUACAUCAACAUCUUGUUCAAACAAUAGUAAAGCCUAAUAUUGUAGGAGAAGAAGAUCCUCGAGUUGAAUUAUUGAAACAUGCUAAAGAAGCUGAGAGUAAUUCAAAAUGGGUUACACCAGCUUACGUAUAUACACAACCUAAACCUAUAUUUCAACAACAAAUUGAGGAGGAAAACGAUGGCGAAGAUCUAUUGCCACUGUUAAAAAAACAUAGAAAUAAAUAA